AAGCACAGGCUGGAGUGACAGGACUCCUCUUAGGGUCCCUCUGCUGGCUAAGCUUUCCCUGGGCCUGAGGGGGGAAAUAGGCGGGGCCUUUUCUCCUCCGUUCCAGCUUCCAUGGAAACUCACAGGCUUCCCACCCAGCGGCGGCUCCCAGCCAGGGCCUCAUCCGGCUGCCAGCCUCUCUUCCCUGACCACAGGCCGCUCCAGCCUAGCCUUCACUGGGCCCUUCCCCAGGUUUGCCCCUAUCCCUGAGCCCCUGGCCUCUGAUGCCUUCCUCCUUCAGGAACCUGGGCCUCAAGCGCUCAUCCCAGCACACAGGCUUCCAGCUCCUGCCUUUCUGUCUCAGGCCUUUGUAGCCUCUUCCCAGUUCUAGGGCCUGGCCAGGCCUCCUAGGCCUGCCCUCUACCCCACCCAUGGAGGGCCCUGGACUGGUGGUACGUGGUGAGGCUGUGCCUUUUUCCACAGCUCUCCGAAGCCUCAUCAACAACCCCUGGUACAGUGAUGUUCGCUUUGUGGUUGGUCAGGAACGGCAGGAGAUAUUUGCCCACCGGUGUUUGUUGGCCUGUAGAUGCAGCUUCUUCCAGCGACUUCUGGGCUCAGAGCCAGCCUCCAGGGUGGAGAGUCCAGUAGUGCUAAGCACCGUGCCAGCUGAGGCCUUCCUGGCAGUGCUGGAGUUCCUGUACACCAACAGUGUCAAGCUGUACCGUCACUCUGUGCUGGAGGUGCUGACAGCGGCUGUGGAGUAUGGGCUAGAGGAACUGAGAGAGCUGUGCCUGGAGUUUGUGGUGAAGGUGCUGGAUGUGGAGUUGGUUUGUGAGGCCCUGCAGGUGGCUGUAACCUUUGGCCUGGGGCCGCUGCAAGAGUACUGCAUAGCCUUCAUAGAGGCCCACAGUCAGGAGGCGCUCCGGACCCGAGGCUUUCUGGAACUGUCUGCGCCCGCGCUGCUGCUCCUGCUGCGCAGCGACAUGCUCUGCGUGGACGAGGCUGAGCUGGUGCGGGCGGCCAGGAGCUGGGCACGAGUGGGCGCGGUGAGCUGGGCAAAAGGAGCAAAGAACGCUGAAGGAGGUGCUGGCUACGGGAGCCUGGCGAGUGGGUGGCGCUGGGCUCAGGGCUGGCGUUUGCAGGCGGUGCUGGAGCGGCCUCUGGCCGAGGUGGCGGCCCCAGUGGUGAGAGAGCUGAGACUGGCUUUGUUGGCCCCGGCGGAGCUGAGUGCCUUGGAAGAGCAGAACCGGAGGGAACCGCUCAUCCCGGUGCGCACGCGGGGCACAGCCAGUGGAGCAGAUCGUGGACGCGUGGAAGUGCCAUGCCUUGCGGAGAGGGGAUGAGGCUCGAGGCACCCCUUGUCGCCGCCGGAGGGGCACCGUGGCCCGGGGGCAUCACCGCUUUCUGGACCUGCCCUUCCAGUAACCCUACGCCAGGACUUUGGAGGAAUCCCGAGUCUGCCUAAAACUACAUCUCCCAAUAAGCUCGGCGCUCGGAGAGAACUGCCGCUCCCAGCAUGCUCCACGAGCUGGGAGCCGGAAAAGCCGUUUUCUGCCGAGCGCGGCGGCCUGAGUGUGGUUUAUAGGGCGGGGCGGAACCGGCAGACUAGGAGGUGGUCUUCGCUCCACGCACUAACUGUGGACGUUUUCGUUCACCAGUCUACUCUGAUGACGCCCACAUAUCUAUUCAACUCAGCUCUCUUGGUUCCAGAUAUGCCUCCUGGAGAUCUCUCCCUGAGUGCCCCACAGACACCCCCGUCUCAGUAGCUUAGUGCAAAAAUGAGCUCCUCUUCUUUACCCAGCUACGCCCCCAUCGUAUUGCUUAUUUAAGUGAUUACGCACGCCAGAAACCUGGAUUGCUUCCUUUCCUUAUCUCUCCUCGCACUUGCCUCAGGUUGCUUCUUUCUAAGGGACCUUUCUGGUUGGUUUAGUUUUCUCAGCCUAUCCUGUCUGUCAAGUCUUAUUAAUCUGUCUUCAGUCCAUGCACCCUGUAUUUCCCACACUAUAGCCACAGCCGAGCUCUCUGUUCUACUUCCAGUAUUAAUUCCCCCAACAUCCUCGUUGCUCUCCAGGACAAAAUACAAUCUAUUUCACUUUCAAGGCACUCAAAACUACUAGUGGUUCUCAAACACUACUUUGGAUAAAUUCCCUCAUCCUAGAGGUAUUAGUUUUCCAGCUCCAGAUUUACUUCUCUGCUACCUUUCAUUAAUCAUACAUCUUUCUCCCUGGAGAAAAGAUUACUGGGUCCUAAGUGGUGCCUUAUUCAUUUCUGCUUCCUCAGUGGAUCAGUUCUAUCUGCAGAGGAAGUGAAUGACUAUUUAUUUAAAUGCCACUUGAUUCCAUGGAGUUUUAGAGAAUCUGUAGAACAAGAUAGUAUCAAUCUAAAAUAAGAGACACUUGACUAUUUAGGAGAAAGUAAAGUUAGAUUUCUAUCUUAGGGACUUUUAAAGCAAUCUGCAAUGUAUUUUUUUUUUUGCGGUUUUUGGCCAUGGUUGGGUUUGAAUCUGCCACCUCCUGUAUAUGGGGCUGGUGCCCUACUCCUUGAGCCACAGGUGCCACCCCUGCAAUGUAUUUUUGUAUAGAUAAUUGGCAUUCUCCCUCAGGAAUGAAAAAGUGAUUACCAGGUAGCACCACUGCAGGGCAACAUUGUUGGGAAUAUGAAAAUAUAUGUCCAUUUAUUAGAGGGCUGGUUAUUAACUAUGGUAUAUUUUGAUAAUCAUCUUUGGUGAAAAAAAGCACAGUACAGAUCGAAUACACCAUGACUUAUUUUGUUAAAGAAAAGAUAGCAUAGUAAAAGAAAAAAGAAAAGAUAGCAUAGUGAUUGUGUGUUUUCUGGAGCCAGGAUGCUUGCAUUUGAAUCCCAGCCCCACUACAUACUGGCUUUGUUACUUGAGUUAGGAUACUUAGUUUUUAUAUUCCUUAGUUUCCUUAUUUAUAAGAUGGAGAUAAUAAUAGAAUUUAUUUAGUAGGAUUGAUAAGAAGAUGAAAUUAGUUAAUUAAAAAAAAAUUUUUUUAGGGCAGAGUAUCACUCUGUUGCCCCAGGCUACAGUGCCCUGGCAUCAUAGGUCACAGCAACCUUAAACUCCUGAGUACAAGUGAUCCUCUUGCCUCAGCCUCCCUAGUAGCUGGGACUACAGGCACCUGCCACAACACCUAGCUGGUUUUUCUAUUUUUAGUAGAGAUAGGAUCUUGCUCUAGUUCAGGCUGGUCCGGAAGUCCUGAGCUCAAGCAAUCCACCUGCCUUAGCCUCCCAGAGUGCUAGGGUUACAAGCAUGAGCCACUGCGACUGGCUGAAAUAAUUUUGUAAAAUACUUAGACCUGCAGCUGGGUGCAGUGGCUUACACCUAUAGUCCCAGCUACUGGGGAGGAUCACUUUAGUCAAGAGUUCAAGACGACCUUGGGCAAAAUAGUGAGACCCCAGUCUUUCCAAAAAACAAAAUGUAGCAGGACUGAUUAAACACUAUGUAUGUGUUGGUGGCGCCCGUAACUUAGUAGGUAGGGUGCCGGCCACAUACACCAAGGCUCGUGGGUUCAAACCCCACCCCGGCCUGCUAAAAAAACUAUGACAACUGAAACAAACAAAAAUGGCCAGCUACUUGGGAGGCUGAGGCAAGAGAAUUGCUUAAGCCCAAGAGUUGGAGGUUGUGUGAGCUGUGACACCAUGGCACUCUACUCAGGGUGGCAGCCAGAGACUCUGUCUCAAAAACAAAAACAAAAACAAACCCCACGCCCCCACUAUGUGUUUAGAAAAUAAACACAUUCAGGCAAUGCCUAUGGCUCAGUGGAUAGGGCGCUGGCACCAUAUACCGAGGGUGGCGGGUUUAAACUCGGUGCUGGCCACACUGCAACAAAAAAAUAGCCGGGCAUUCUGGCAGGUACCUAUAGUCCCAGCUACUUGGGAGGCUGAGGGAAGAGAAUCGCCUAUGCCCAGGAAGGAGUUGAUGGUUGCUGUGAGCUGUGAUGCAAUGGCACUCUACCAAGGGCCAUAAAGUGAGACUCUGUAUCUAAAAAAGGGUGGCGCCUGUGGCUCAGUGAGUGGGGUGCCGGCCCCAUAUGCCGAGGGUGGUGGGUUCAAACCCAGCCCCGGCCAAACUGCAACAAAAAAACAGCCGGGCGUUGUGGCGGGUACCUGUAGUCCCCCCUGCUCGGGAGGCUGAGGCAAGAGAAUCAUGUAAGCCCAAGAGCUGGAGGUUGCUGUGAGCCGUGUGAUGCCACGGCACUCUACCGAGGGCAAUAAAGUGAGACUCUGUCUCUACCAAAAAAAAAAAAAUAAAAUAAAAUAAAAAAAGAAAGAAAAUAAACACAUUCAUUUGUUACAUAAGUAUUCAUUGAGUGUGCCAGAUGUAGAUUUAGGGUUAUGGAAUAUAUCAGAGAAUAAGUCAAGUUUUUGCUUGAUGUAGCUUAUAUUCUAGGAGCAGGAACAUAUGUAAAUAAAUAAUUUCAGGGUGGCACCUGUGGCUGAAAGGAGUGGGGCGCCAGCCCCAUAUACUGGAGGUAGUGGGUUCAAACCCAGCCCUGGCCAAAAAAACAAACAAACAAACAAAAAAACUGCAAAAUAAAUAAAUAAAUAAUUUCAGGGAGUAGUUUGUACUAUCAAGAAAAGUAAAGCAGCCAGGGACAAUGGCUCCUGCCUGUAAUCCCAGCACUCUGGGAGGCUGAGGCAGGUGGAUUGCUUAAGCUGCUCAGGAGCUCCAGACCAGCCUAAGCUACAGAGAGACUCUGUUUUCUAAAAACAGAAAAACUAGCUGAGUGUUGCUGUGGGUGCCCGUAGUCCCAGCUACUCGGGAGGGUGAGGCAGGUAUAUCUCUUGAGCCUAAGAAUUUGAGAUUGCUGUGAGCUAUGAUGCCAUUGCAUGCUACCCAAGGUGAAAAAGUGACCCUCUGUCUCGAAAAAUAAAUAAAUAAUAUAAAUAAAAUUUAAAAAGUGGGGAGUCACUACUAACAGGGUUUUUUUUGUUUGUUUGGUAGAGACAGAGUCUCACUUUGUCGCCCUUGGUAGAGUGCCAUGGCUUCACACUGCUCACAGCAACCUCCAACUCCUGGGCUUAGGCCAUUCUCUUGCCUCAGCUUCCGGAGUAGCUGGGACUAUAGGCACCCACCACAACGCCCAGUUAUUUUUGUUGUUGCAGUUUGGCGGGGUUGGGUUUGAACCUGCCACACCACCCUCGGUAUAUGGGGCCGACGCCCUACCCACUGAGUACAGGCACCGCCAGUUUGUUUUUUAAAGACUAAGUCUUCCUCUGUUGCCUGGAUUAGAGUGCAGUUGCAUCAUCAUAGCUCACUGCAACCUCAAACUCCUGGGCUGAAGCGAUCCUCCCAGCCUCAGAUUGCCCAGUAGCUGGGACUACAGGUGGGCACUACCAUACCGGGAUGAUUUUUAAGAACCUUUUGUGAAGAUGGGGGUCAUACUCUUGUUCAGGCUGAUCUUGAACUUCUGGCCUUAAUCUUUCCAACUCAGUCUCCCAAAGUGUUAGGAUUAUAGGUGUGAGCCACUGUGCCCCAACCUUUGCUAAUAGCUGUUGUUGGGGAUGGAACUAGGGAGCCACGCAGGAGAUAGAAAAACUGCCAUAGUUUGUUUUCUUUCUUUUUUUUUCUGAGACAGUGUUUUAUUAUGUUGCCCUUGGUAGAGUGCCGUGGCGUCACAGCUGCAGCAAUCUCCAACUCUUGGACUUAAGCAAUUCUCUUGCUUCAGCCUCCCAAGCAGCUGGGACAACAGGUGCCCACCACAAAGCCCAGCUAUUUUUUUUUGUUGUAGUUGUCAUUGUUGUUUAGCAGGCCUGGCCGGGUUUGAACCCACCAGCCCUGGUGUAUGUGCCCGGUGCCCUAACCACUGAGCUAUGGAUGCCGAGCUGUUUUUUUUUUUUUUUUUUGUAGAGACAGAGUCUCACCUUACUGCCCUUGGUAGAGUGCCAUGAUGUCACAGGACUCACAGCAACCUCUAGCCUUUGGGCCUACGCGACUCUCUUGCCUCAGCCUCCCGAGCAGCUGGGAC